AGUAGGUGAUUUCUUCAAACAUUUCUUACUUGAGGAUUAUACUUGAAGCAACACUCUUCCGCAGCUCUUCUUAUAGAUGUGCUGGAAUUAGUCUGCGCAGGAUCUGGACGUGUUGAUGUUUGAAGGGAGCGUUCACAGGCAAGACAAAGAUGACCAACAUAGCGAAGUCGGUGGCGGGCAGUGAUGUGACUGAGGAGGGCAGCCCAGUUGGAGAGGCCAAGCUGAACUCCGAGGAGCAAGAGGCUCCAUCACAGGAUGUCACAGGACAGUGUAUAGGAUCACCUCAAUCACCGACCAGCUACAAACAGAGGAGUGAGGAGUUCAGGAAGACAUUCAAAGAACUGGCUGAGCUGGAGAGACUGAUAGUAGAUUAUACCUGCGCUCUGCAGAAGGACAUUCUGUUGCAGGGCCGCAUCUACCUCACAGAGAACUGGCUCUGUUUCUACAGUAAUGUCUUCUGGGGAACAAAAAUAAUGUUAAAUAUGAGAGAUAUUGCAUCCAUGUCAAGAGAGAAGACAGCCCGACUGAUACCGAACGCCAUUCAGAUCUACACAAAUACAGAAAAGCUGUUCUUCACAUCAUUUUCCACAAGGGAGAAGAGCUACCAGACCAUUUUUCGUCUAUGGCAGAAUAUACUGAUGGACAAGCAGUUGACCAGGCAGGAGCUGUGGCAGAUGGUCAAACAGCACUAUGGCAAUGAUUUGGGCUUGAGCCUUGAGGAGAUGGAGAGUUUGCAGAUGACAGCAGAUACAAUUGCAUAUACACAGACCAGCCUAAACAUAAAAGCAGAGGAUCAAACUGGAAGGAUGGAAAGACCUUCCACUCUACGUCUUCCUCAGAUUGAACAGACUUCAUAUGAGGCCUCCACACCUCUGGGAGAUGACACGCAGUCUUCACUUGGACUACAGAGCACUCUCUCUGCAAACGGGGAGGACACACGGAGUAUGACAUCUCGCCAACGCAGUCCUGACCUCUCUCUAGAGCGCUUCAGCCAUGAGCAAGUGUCCAAGCGCUCUUCUCUGUCCUUGGACUUGAAUGCCAAUGAAGACCGACUCUCAGAAAACAGUUUAUCUGACAGCGUGGAGGAAGUGGAGCGUGAUUGUGUGUCCCAUGCGUCUCAAGGAAGGCUGUUUGUGAACAGGGUGUUUCAAAUCAGCGCUGAGAAAAUGUUUGAGCUGCUUUUCACUGAUUCCUAUUUUUCCCGGCGGUUUAUGGAUGUCAGGAAGAUCACAGGUGUGACCUCUUCUUCUUGGCAGAGGGACACCUCUGGCUCUAUGAAGAGGAGUCUGAAUUACACCAUCACUAUCACCAACCCACUAGUGGGCAAAUUUUCAACUGCCACAGAAAACCAGACUUUAUAUAAGGAGUCUAGGGAGGGACAUUACUACCUAGUGGAUGCUGAAGUCUACACACAUGACGUUCCGUACCACGACUACUUUUACACUCUGAAUCGCUACUGCAUUAUCCGCAGCUCCAAGCGCAAGUGUAGGCUUAGGAUUUACACAGAUGUGAAGUACAAGAAGCAGCCAUGGGGCUUUGUUAAGUCUUUCAUCACCAAGAACUCGUGGAGUGGCCUGGAGGAUUAUUUCAGACACCUUGAGGCGGAGCUGCUUGAGGAGGAAGUGGAGUUGACCCAAGGUUCGGGCGAUACUGGAAAGGGCGGCUUGCGUAGAAGGCGGAGGACCUACAGUCGCACCCUGCAGGAGCAUAUGCGGCCUGGCAAGCAGUAUGGUGCAGACACAGAGCAGCACAGAGAUAGCAGCAUGGGUGUAGUGGACAUGAAGAACACACAGAAGUGGAACAUCACCUCCAUUAUAGCUGGAAUGAGCGUCAUUCUUUUGAUUUUGACGGUGCUGAACCUUGGGCUCUUUUUUAAGCUGUGGGCCAUGGAGGACGUGGCCCAUCGCAUGUACCUCACCACAAAGCAGCGUGUGAGGGAGAGAGCCGAGGCAAAUUUGGCACCUGACCUAGGCCCCAGACAGCCUGUGUUUCACAGGAGCCAAGAGGAGACGCGCUUACUGAGGGCGGUGCUACAGGACUCCAUUAACCUGCUAGAACAGUUACGCAGCUCUCUGGUGGUGCUCCAGCAGAACUUCCAAAGCCACAACAAGACCUACAACCAGUUAUGAAAGCCACUGUGCCUGGUGACCACUGGAGAACAGGGGGAUCCGGCCCACAGGGUUUGCCCACGUAGAGGAGUGUUGCCAUAGAGACGGUUACUCCAGAGACUUCUCUCUGCCUUUGGGUUUUACCACUCCAGGUCUUCUGUGUUGUGGUUACAGGUGGCUGAAUGAUUUUAAGCUUCAUGCGAGAGCAUACAGCGUGGCGAUGGGCACAGGGAGCAAUGCAGGCCCGUUGCCCCUGCGAGGCAACAGCUCGUUUGUUAAAGAGGAAUUCCACCAAUUUUUUCAAAAUUUCUGCAUAAUUUUAUCUGUGAAAUGUAAACAAAGUCAUUCAGAGUGAUUUGAUGUAAAAAGUUCAAUUAAAGAUAAAGUUACAGACAGUUUCUUUACAGUGGUGGUGAUAGGAACCAAGGGUCACAAUGUCUAGAACACAGCCAUUCUAUUCACCAAAGUCACUGGUGAAGGUACACAUGCCUUCUGAGUUUUUCUGUGAUGUUGAUUAUGGUAAAAUAGUGGUAAAUCUGAAAAAUGUGUUGUAUGGUGACUAUUUUGCCUUUUAACAUCCUGGAGGGUAAGGAUUAAAAAAAU